CCACUAGCCUCUAGCUGCUUCGAAGUAGGAGUCUUGUGUUUUAGAAAUCUGGAGUUGCCCGAGAAACCCUAAUUCCCGGAGCGAUCGGAAAAUACUUCGCCAUUUGUUGAUUGGAACCUAGGGCUCUAUCGCUAUGUCCAGCAUUCCUCCCGAGCAAGUUUUGACACGAGUCAGUAGGAGUCUCUUAGAGCCUGCCAUUAGCAAAAAUGCAAUAGUGAAACUUCUCAAGAAAGUGGACACCGCUCUUUCAGAUUUGAGUCCAUGUUCAUCUCUGCAGGAAGCGUUGACUUAUCUAAUGUGCUCUUUGGUUCAAAGUAACCUGCUUAAGCAUAAAGAUGAUGAUGUUAGGCUAUUAGUUGCUGUUUGUUUCACUGAAGUCAUUCGUCUUCUAGCACCUAAUCUUCCUUGCAGUUUUGUUGUAUUUGAGGAAUUUUGUAGUCUCAUUGUUAAUGUGUUCAAGCACCUAACUGAUACUAGUAGUGCGUAUUCCACAAGGAGGUUGAAGAUACUGGAGACACUUGCGUAUAGUAAAUCUUUUUUGAUUAUGCUCGCGGGUUGUGAGAAUUUAGCAGCCAAAAUGAUUAACGUGUUAUUCAAAGUUGCAAGAUGUAAAAUUCAAAAUAGCUUGGUGCAGGCAAUCUUGUCAAUUAUGUCAAGCAUUCUUGAACAACAGGCUGCACCACGCAUACUUUGUGUGAUACUUCAUAAUCUUCUAAGGGAUGAGACGGCUACAUCAUUCCGGCUUGCUGUUUCAGUCAUCCAAGAUUGCGCCCCAAAGUUGGAGACCUCUCUCUGUAGCUUUUUGACAUCCUGCAUGCUGGAGAAGUAUAAUGUAAAUAAGAGUAGCAAGACUGAUUUUCGUUGUUUUGAUGUUAUUGAUGAUGAUGAGCAUGAUGAUGCAUUGGAGGAUAAUGUUUCUGGAGCUGAACUUCGAAGCUGUUAUCAUGAAGUAGUUCUCAAAAUUUAUCAACAUGCUCCUCAAAUUCUUAAAUCAAUUUUGCCAAUGUUAACUCAGGAACUGCUGAUUGAUCAGGUGGAUGCACGCAUGAAGGCAGUUCAAUUAAUAGGAAAACUUCUGGUUCUAUCUAAGCUCUAUUUUGGUCAGGAACACCGACAAGUUUUUGCAGAGUUCUUGAGAAGAUUCUCUGACAAGUCUACUGAGGUAAGACUAGCUUCACUAGCAUGGGCAAAGGAAGUUUAUCAGGCCAAUACCUCUGCAGAUGAAGCACAAUCUGUUCUUGUUGCUGUGGAGGGAAGGCUUCUAGACUUCGAAGAUAAAGUGAGAACUCAAGCUAUAUCUGUAAUCUGUAAUCUAGCAUGCUCCAAUCUUUCAUAUUUUCCCUCGGAAUUGGUGCUAAAAGCCUUAAAACGUCUACGGGAUAAGAAGAUCUCCGUGAGAAAAAGUGCUAUGCAAAGUCUUCUGCAGCUGUACAGGGUUUACUGUAUUAAGUGCUCUAAUGGCCUCUUCAAUCUAAAUUAUGAUUAUGAAAAUAUUCCUUGUGCGGUACUUAUGCUCUGCUUUGAUAAAGACUGCAAGGAGUUUAGGUCACAAAACAUGGAGCUUGUUAUUGCAAGGGAUUUUUUUCCAUCCUCUCUAUCUAUAACUGAUAGGAAAAAACACUGGAUCGCUUUAUUCUCACGCUUAACUCAGUCCCAUCUCAAGGCCUUAAAGUUCCUUCUAUUUCAGAAGCGGAGAUUGCAGCUUGAAAUGCAAGCUUACCUAGCUCUUCGUGAUAAUGAGAAGGAAAACAAGUCCGAAGAAGUUCAACUUAAAUUUUUGGAAUUGUUUUCAAAGAUGGCAACUUUAUUUUUGGAUUCUUCAAAAGCUAAGGAAUGUUUUCAAAAGUUGCAUAACAUGAAAGAUGGUUGCAUUUUCAAGUUGCUGAAACAAUUGGUUGAUGAAAAUUCAACCCUUAUAGCUGCGAAUUCUGUCCGAGUUGAUUUUCUUGAGAGGAUUGGGAAAAAGCAUCCGGAUUAUGAGUUUUUCAGGAUUCUUUCUUUGAGAUGCUCAUAUACAAUAUUUAAUGCAGAGCUUGUUCAAAGUAUCUUGGAGGAUAUAUUGUCCAGGCAAUGUAGCGGAGAUAAAUUUGCGGAGUACUCCGCUGAGCUAAUACUUUUUAUAGUUAAGAUGUUUCCAUCACUGCUGAAGGGAUCUGAGGAUUUGCUACUAAAGUUAGUUUUAGAUUCUUCUGUCUUAUCAAAUGAAAAGCUUCUUCAAAUCAUUGCUAUAGCCGGGCAUCAUGUUUCUAUUAAACUCAGUGAUGUUUACCCAUUCCUGGAGAAAAUGUGCUUGUUAGGCACACGCGUUGAAUCUAAAUUUGCUGUUCAGGCAAUUUCCUCAUUAAUUGAUUCUUCUGAAGAUCUUACAUUCUCCAAUUUAUGCCAGAAACUUGUAAGAUCUCUGAAAAGUGGUCAGAAUAUUCCAACCAUCCUGCAAUCUUUGAGUUGUGUUGCACGCCAUUCCUUUACAUCGUACAAGCUUCAUGAAAAAGAAGUAAUCAACUUCGUUGUUCAGAAUAUUUUUGUUACUUCAGAGGUGUACUCUGAAGUUGCAGAAUCUUUUCUGAAUGGUGAUAUCAGCUGCAGCAGUUCUUGCAUAAUGAAAAUUUAUGGAAUGAAGGCUCUGUUCAAAAGUAUCUUAUCAAUCCAAGCUUCUCAAGUCGGCCAACAAAUAGAAGAAAGUAUGAAAAUCUUGGAAAACACAAUUCAAGGGGAAGGCAUUAUUUAUAACAAUAUCUCAGAUGAAAAUGACAAGGACUGCCUCAGAUUAGCUGCUGCAGAAUUGCUUCUCCAGUUUGCAAGAAGAUUUGAUUCCUACAUUCCAUCUAUGCUCUUUCAUUUAAUCGUUGCAAGUGCAAGGGAUCCUUCAUUAACUGUGCGGAAGAUGUUUUUGCACAAAGUCCAUAAACUUUUGAAAGCAAAUCUGAUCCCGCCAAGAUAUGCAUGUACUUUUGCAUUGGCUUCUACUGAUUUCAUUGGUGAUGUCCGGGCUGAUUCAAUAAAAUAUCUUGGAGAGUUCAUGGAAGAUCACCACAGGCAAUAUUCUUCUUCUCAAGAUGAAAAGAGACAUAUCGUAAACUCUCCAGAAUAUAUUGUCGUGUUCUUAAUCCAUAUUCUUGCUCAUGACAUUGGCUUUCCUUCAGAAUGUUUGGAAGAUGAAGAAUUUUAUCCUGAGUUCUGCAGUCCACUUGUCAUUAUUUUGCGGGCAUUAGUUGAUUUGGAAAAUUUCAAUGACAUUCUAUCAAAUUUGUUUGCAAUUCUUCGUGCAAUUAAGAAAGCGGAGGAUGCCGUUGAUGCUCACAUUACUGCAAAACUACAUGCUCUUUCUGAUAUUGCCAUGCUUAUUCUGAAAUCACUGGGUAAAGGAUUAAAGCCUACUUCCAAGUUACAUCGUAUGAUUUUGCUUCCAUCAUCAUUUUACAAAGUUUGUCAAGAUUCUAGUAAGAUCUACACACUUAGUGAAAGCUUAUUCAAUGAAAGCUUUGCCAAAAGAAUUCUUGAUGUUGUUGAUUCUACAAUCAUUAAGCCUUUCAAAGCGAAUUGUAAUCAGUUUGGUAAACCUCAAGUAGGUGCAAACUAUGUCGCUGUCAUGAUAGACAACUCUGAGAAUAUGGUCAAGGCUGAAGAUGUCAAGCCACUUUCACCCAAAUCGAAGUUUUCAAAGGAUAUUGAUCCCAGUCAUGGAAAUGCACUUCAAAAGGAACUACUACAGAGAACGAUUUCCAGCACUAAACCAUCCAAUAUUUGUUCUGUAUCAUGUGAGUGGCAUAACAAGAAUUCUGUUGUUAAUGAUAGAAGAAAUUUAAUCCCUCAAAAUACUGUUGCCAGUUUUGGGGGUGAGCAGCUAUCAUCCAGUAAUUCUGCUAGCACAGAACUCUAUUUCCCUGGUUUGCAAACUUUAACUGCAGAACAUGAAGUUGAAGCCUUGAACCGUGUGCUUACGAAAAGCAUUGCAAAAUGUGGUUCUAUUAAUAUCCGUUGUGAACAAAAUAUUGUUCCUGAUUUUUGCUUGACUUCAAAGGAAUCUAUUCAUAAAGGUGAAGGGAUUGCCCAGCACAGGCUGAGUAGGUGUCCUCCAAUUGAUAUGUGUUCUUACUCUGGAUCUGUUGAUUCAUGCGACUCCCAGCAAAAUAAUUCCAAGGCUACAUAUGAUGACGGGAGCGUGGAGGUCUUCCACUUGGAAGAUGAAAGAUGGGAGUCUAAAGUUCAAAAAUCAUCUAGGGAUAAUGAUUCAUAUGGCUUUCAAAGAAGAGCUUGCAAUACUUCCAAUAUGCAUUCAACUGUGUUAGGUGAAAGAGCUAGAAACUAUGAACACUUAAACAGCUCUUCCAUAGUAGGAAGUAAGAAGGCUAAGAAACAUAGAAAAUCAUGAGCAUCGGCUAUUGCAAAAGACAGUUCCAAAUUUGAUAAGGCCAACAAAAAUGCUGAGCUGCACAAAGGACUCGACCACGAAGAACAUAAAGAGUGUUUUUUGCCCUAUUUAAUUCUAGUUCCUCUUUUCUUAUGUUUAUACCCAUAAAUUUAUAGUUCAAAAAACUCUAAAUAACUAUCUCACAGUUCGUUCAUGCAGAUUAUAAUAGGAAUGUCAUUCAAACUUUCUUCCAGUUGCCUGACUCUUGCUAGCUUGUGAUAGUUCUUUAUUUAAAUAACUUUUCUAAUCAGAUUUAAUCUUCUUAUUUUCAAUUCUAUAUAAAUCCCAUGCUGCUUAACAUUCAGCUCAGCUGUGAAGCAAAGGAGCUAAAAAAUAUUACAAAAUAUUAUUAUGUUUCUUGUCUGUGUGGUGAGCGUUUUUGCAGAUACGGCGGGUUGUAAUUU